GCAAAAGUCAUAUUAGGUGUAUUAACCUUAAAUGUGAUAUUUUUAUUAUAAUUUCUUAGAUUUUACAACAAUGUAGUGGCUAUAACAAAGGAAACAAAAGUUUCUAUUAAUUUGUUACACAAAACAUCUCGUUAUGGAGAUGGAAGAAUUAUUUAAUUCCUUAGAAUCAGAUAAUCUCCAAGUGGUAGAAGAUGUCAAGAAGCAGUUUGCAGAUUAUUUUAAUAAAACAAAAGAAUCAUGGCUAGUUACAUUUUUGAUAGAUUAUUAUUUGCAAACAAAUUCUGUAAGAGUUGUAGAUGUUUUGUUAAAAGUACAGUCUCCUCAUGAUAGAUUUAUUUUCGAUCGAAUUUUAGAUUUGAUUAAAAGUUCUAAUAAACAGAAAGGAUUAGAUAUCUUAGGAAUUAUUGUUCGACGUCAACCAACAUGGCUCUAUCAUAUUAUGCAACAUAAUUUGUUCAAAGAAACUCUGAAAUUACUUAAGGUGGAGACCGAUAUUGUGCCAUUUAUGAGUGCUCUUCUGUGCAUAAUAGCUUUAUUACCCAUGGUUCCUUCUUUGAUAUCACCUUUUCUUAUGGAUAUAUUUGAAGUAUUCAGUCGUUUGGCAGCAUGGAAGGGAAAUAAUACAACUAAAUUGCCUGAAGAUCAGCUUAUACAUUUGCAGGUUGGUUUGUAUGCUCUUUUUCAUCGACUUUAUGGAAUGUUUCCAUGCAAUUUUGUUUCAUAUUUGAAAAACAAGUAUAGCAGUCGGGAUCAAAGUGUAAUUUUUGGCCAUACUAUUAAGCCAUUAUUAGAGACUGUAAAAAUGCACCCUUUGCUUAUUACCACCAGCAAGGAAAGAGAAACUGAUAAUUCACGAUGGAAAAAUAUGGAAGUUCAUGAUGUAGUAGUUGAAUGUUCUCGAGUAAUGUUAGAAAAUAUUGAAAGACCUGAUAACCAAGAAUAUAUUGGAUCUAAUUCAAAACAUAUUGAUUGUUCUUCAAUAAAUUUUGAAAACUCGAAUUUAUCAAGAAGCCAUAUCAUCACUAGUCAAGAUUUCCAUGCUUCAAAGAUGGUUGAUCGCAUAUCUGAAAACAAAGAAUUUUGGAGUCCAAGUUUCACAUGCCCUCCUACAACGCCACCUCAGACACCCACUCCUGUUCCCAAUACACACAGUUAUACACCAAAUAUAACACCUUCAUUGAUGGCAUCAAACAUCAACACAAAUCUCUUAAAAAAUGAUGGGCAAGAAGGAGCAUCUCCACCAGAGGCUGCAAUAGAAGCUACUCCUGAAAGCACACCACUAAGGGAUAUGCGCAUUAGGCCAAUACCUCCAAGUUCUACAGUUGCAAGAGCUUUAAACACUAAGUUACUUACAUCAAGUGUUAGUGCUAACCAAUCUUUAAAUUCAUCUCAACCAUCCAGUCCAAUGAGAAAGGAUCCUUCAUUGUUCAGGUAUCCUGAUCCUACAGAUAUAGAAACUUCAUCAACAUCUUUCCAAAAGUUAACUCGUGUCAUAUCAGAUAGAUCUCAAUCACAGUUAGAAAAUAAUGCUAGUUUAUUCAGAUAUACAAAUCCUACUAGUCCUAUGCGAGUUUCAUCACAUUCAGAUGCCUUUCACAAUAACAUCACAACUUCUGAUGCUGCCCAAAAUACUUCGGAGUUCUCAGUAGACAAUUUAGAUUUCUCUAAUAUGUCAGAAAAAGAUACUAUUAAUAAUUCUGGGGAAAAUGAUCUGACUGAGGAGAACGUAAAUCAAGAAGAUCAGUUUGUUGACUGUAUACCUGCUUCUUGUACGACUUGCACUUCUGGAGGAUUGCAUGUUCCAAAUUCACGAUCUAUGAAGAAUUUUGCUGAACAUAUCAAGAGAUUACGAUUUUAUAGUCAAUGUAAUAAUGAUAAUAUCUCAGGAGGUUAUUAUAAAGGUUUUAGUGCAGGCUCCAGUCCUGCUGAUUCAUCUGUUAUUUUACCAAAAAGCAAACAUUUAGAUAUUGUCAAAGUUCCUAAGAUAGAAGAAGUAGUUGAUGCACCGGAGGAGAAAGAAGUGAAAAAGGAAGAAUCACAAAAACCAAUAGUUGCUCGUUCGGUCCAAAAUAAUUCUACACAAACAGUAUCAUUCUGGCCACAGCCAUUUGAGCUUCUCUACAUUGGAUUAUUCCCCUUUGGUGAUAAUUGUUCAAGCAAACGGAAUAGUGCUAAAGAUACCAUAAAACAAUCACCUACUGAUCUGCUGGACCAAUACAUACAAUGCUGUAUUAAUAGACAAAAAUCGCACGGAUCUGAUGAUAGGUAUAAUGAAAAUGCUGAGAUCAGGUCUUUACGGGAACAAUUACAAUUGUUGCACAUAGAACUGCAAUUUGAGAGGCAUCGCAGAGAAUUACAUGCAGAUCGUAACAGACGUCUGCUAGGAAAAUGUCGCGAUAACCGGGCAUUAGAAGAAUCAAAUGCCGCACUCAAGGAACGGUUGCAGCUGUUUGAAAAUGAUAUUCAAAAGUUAAACCAAGAACUUGGUAUGUAA